AACAAACCUUGCUAUUUUUGUUCAUCAAUGCUAGGUUGCCACCACUUUGCACUUCCACUUCAGGCUAGUGGUCCAGAAGAGACUGCAAAACCAAAACUCAUUGGUUUUUUCAAAGAUCAAGUCUUUACACUUGAGGAUAGACUAACUAUGCAUGCUACUGAAGAUUUGUUGUUGUUGUAAGUUUCUUGAUCAUGUUUGGUGGAGCUUUGCAUUCCAAAACUCAAAUGGAGAAGAACACAUAUUGUGUACAUUUAGUGGUACUGUUGUGUUUCUUCGGGAUGCUUCUAAUACCUUCUUCUUGUCAAGUUGAUGCAACUACUGCUGUGUACAUUGUUACUCUCAAACAAGCCCUUACUUCUCAUUAUCAGGGUGAGUUGAGUAGAGUUUAUAACCACUUCCGACGCGGUUCUUCUGGGAGAACUAGACUUGACAAACCAAGACAUCGAAAUGUUACAAAGACAGAUAAGAGACAUGGUUUUAACAUUGCACAAGUUCAUGAUUCGUUGUUGAGGAAGGUGUUUAAAGGGGAUAAGUAUCUGAAACUCUAUAGCUAUCAUUACUUGAUCAAUGGAUUUGCCGUGGUUGUUAAUCAACAGCAGGCAGAGAAGCUAUCAAGGAGAAGAGAAGUGUCCAAUGUGGUUUUGGAUUUUUCUGUAAGAUCUGCAACAACACACACUCCACAGUUCUUAGGUCUGCCACAGGGAGCUUGGUUUCAAUCAGGUGGGUUUGAAACUGCUGGAGAAGGAAUCACUAUUGCAUUUGUUGACACUGGCAUUGAUCAUACACACCCUAGUUUUGCUGAUGAUAAAUCCGAACAUCCAUUCAAUGCUCCUGCUCGGUUUUCUGGCACCUGUGAGGUUACUCCGGAUUUUCCAUCCGGUUCCUGCAAUAGGAAGCUUGUUGGAGCCCGUCAUUUUGCAGCAUCUGCUAUAACCAGAGGAAUGUUUGACUCAACUGAGGAUAGUGCUUCUCCCUUUGAUGGUGAUGGACAUGGCACGAACAUAGCUUCUAUUGCAGCUGGAAACCAUGGAAUUCCAGUGGUUGUUGCCGGGCAUCAUUUUGGAAAUGCUAGUGGGAUGGCUCCUCGUUCGCACAUUGCUGUUUAUAAGGCCUUAUACAAGGAUUUUGGAGGAUUUGCGGCUGAUGUUGUUGCAGCCAUUGACCAGGCAGCUCAAGAUAGAGUUGAUAUAAUAUGCUUGUCAAUCACUCCAAAUAGGCGUCCUCCUGAUAUUGCAACUUUCUUCAAUCCAAUAGACAUGGCAUUGUUGUCAGCUACAAAAGCUGGUAUUUUUGUAGUGCAAGCUGCUGGAAAUACUGGACCUUCUCCUAUGAGCAUGUCCUCCUUCAGUCCAUGGAUCUUUACAAUUGGUGCCACCUCUCACGAUCGAGUUUAUAGCAACUCACUAUUUCUUGGAAAUAAUGUGACUAUACUUGGAGUUGGGCUUGCACCUGGUACACCUGAGAACACAAUGUACAAAUUGAUUCAUGCACAUCAUGCUUUGAAUGAUGAUACUACAAUUGCUGACGAUAUGUAUGUUGGUGAGUGUCAAGAUGCAAGUAAAUUCAAUAAAGAUUUGGUCCAGGGAAACCUUUUAAUGUGCAGCUAUUCAAUGAGAUUUGUGCUUGGUCUCUCCAGUAUCAACCAGGCCUUAGAAACAGCCAAGAAUCUGAGUGCUGCUGGUGUUGUUUUUCCCAUGAAUCCUUCUGUGAAUGGUUUUCAGCUUAACCCAGUUCCAAUGAAAAUUCCCAGCAUAAUAAUUCCAUUUGCAAAUGAUUCCAAGAUAUUACUAGAAUACUACAAUUCUUCACUAGAAAAAGACGGUACUUCAGAAAAAAUUGUUAAACUUGGGGCUGUUGCCAGCAUUAAUGGUGGACUUACAGCGAGCUAUAGUAAUGUUGCCCCAAGUGUUAUGUAUUACUCUGCCAGAGGCCCAGAUCCAGAGGACAGUCUUCCUCAUGAAGCUGACAUUUUGAAACCCAAUCUGGUCGCUCCUGGAAGUUUAAUAUGGGCUGCUUGGAGUUCGGUUGCCACUGAUUCAGAUGAAUUUCUAGGUGAAAAUUUUGCAAUGAUGUCUGGGACAAGCAUGGCUGCACCUCAUGUUGCUGGUCUUGCUGCACUAAUCAAGCAAAAGUUUCCCAAUUUCAGUCCUGCUGCCAUUGGAUCUGCGCUUUCCACCACAGCGUCUCUGUAUGACAACAGUGGGAAGCCAAUAAUGGCUCAGCGGUCAUAUCCCUCACCAGAGCUAAACCAAUCUCCAGCAACUCCCUUUGACAUGGGGAGUGGUUUUGUGAAUGCAACUUCAGCAUUAAAUCCAGGGUUGCUUUUUGAUUCAAGUUAUGAUGAUUACAUGUCUUUCUUAUGUGGUAUCAAUGGUUCAGCUUCUACAGUUCUAGACUACACGGGUCAGAAUUGUUUGAAUUUUAACUCUAUUGGAUAUGGCUCUGAUCUAAACUUGCCCUCAAUCACAAUAGCAAGGUUGAACCAAUCUAGAGUAGUUCAGAGAACAUUACAAAACAUUGCUGAAAAUGAAACUUAUAGUGUUGGUUGGAGUUCUCCAUACGGGGUUUCAGUAAAAGUAUCUCCAACCCGCUUCUCUCUUGCCAAUGGAGAGAGACAAGUCUUAUCUGUGAUCUUCAAUGCAACCAGCAACAGCUCAACUGCCAGCUUUGGAAGGAUUGGAUUGUUUGGUAAUCAAGGUCAUGUAGUCAACAUUCCUGUGUCUGUUAUCGUUAAAAUCUCACAGUGAGAUAAUUAGCAUGGUUAAUGAAAAUUAGCAAGUUAUAAUUACAAAUUUGUUAAAUACACCUUAAUGCUACACAACCGGCGAGGGUGAAAAAGCAUGUAUGUGUACCGAAUAGAAAUAGUUGAGAUGGAUUCCAUUGCGAAUAAUUGUUUCGGUACACACUUGGGCUAUAUCCAACUCUUGUUAUGUUGACUGGGACACUAAAUGUCAUCAGUGAUAAUCUUUUGAAUUCUGUAUUGUGUAAUGUGGUUUUUUAGAGGUGAUUAAACAAGAGGAUUAUGAAGAAAUUGGAUAAAGAGGGAGAAUAUUUAGAUUGAAUAAUAAUAUUUUGCUUUCUAUUU